CAGUGGAAAUGCGUGAAGUCGAUUGAUGAUGGAGCUUGAAGAGCUUUCGCCGCCCUUGUCAUCAAUUUUGUUGCUUAAUUUUUUUCCUUCUUCCUCACCAUCGUUUUUGCGUUGGUAGUCUCUCAAGCAUCAAUUGGAUUUGCGUGGCGAUUUCUCACCCAUGGCGGCUGUUGCGGACCAAGAGCUUGCGGAGUAUCUGCAGAAUAGCCAUAACUUGUCCGUCUCGGUCUCCCCCGCUAAGGGCCGUUGCUUGAUCGCCAACCGCGCCUUUCAUCGCGGUGAGGUGAUCCUUCAGCAAGAGCCCUAUGUUUGUGCCUUGGAUGAUUCGAGCCAAGCCCUCCGUUGCGAUCGCUGUUAUCGCCAGUCCUCCAAUCUCAAGCGAUGCAGCGCGUGCAAGACUGUCUUCUAUUGCUGUGCCAAUUGCCAGAGAAGCGGAUGGGGUCUUCACAAAUUCGAAUGCGCUAUAUUAGUGAGGCUUCUGAAGGAAAAGAAGCGGAGUCCUACCCCGAGUUUGCGUUUAGUGAUGCGGUUUUUGAUCAAGCGAAGGUUACAAGCAGAGAGGGUUCAGUUGAAGGCAGCUGUGGAUAAUUAUGAUGUCUGUGAGGUUUUGCCCACACACAUGUCCGAGACAAGCGAAGAUCGUUUAGUGAUGUAUGCGCAGAUGGCUAGCAUAGUGCAACAAAUGAUGGCUCCAGACGAGGUGAAUGUGAAAGAGGUUACGCAAAUGAUUUGUAGGUUCGCUUGCAAUGCUCAUACAAUUUGCGAUGAGGAAGUGAGGCCUUUGGGUACAGGGCUCUAUCCUGUCAUAUCAAUUGUCAAUCACAGCUGUGUUCCGAAUGCGGUACUUCAUUUUGAUGGAAAUCGUGCUGCGCUUCGUGCAUUAGAAGACACUCAAGAAGGGACUGAGAUUACCAUCAGUUAUGUGGAAUUAGCAGCCAGUACAAAUACCCGACGAAAGGCUCUCAGGGACCAGUAUUAUUUUGAUUGUAAUUGCAUCCGCUGUAGUCGAUUGGUAACGCGUGAAGGGUCCAGGGAGGAUGCGUUUCUUGAAGGAUAUGGUUGUGUUAAUUCAGAUUGCAAUGGACCGUUGAUUGAAGAUCCAGGGAGCGAUAAAGUUAUUUGUGAGGUUUGCGGAUUAAAACGUGAAGUGCAACAGACCAAGUCUGCUGCCAAGGAAGUCGAAUUGGACGUAUUGGAAGCAUCCAAUCUGUAUGCAGCUGGCAAGCUUGAGAGUGCGCGGAGGCUGUAUAGCGAGGUGGAAGCUAAGCAGAGGAAGUUGUGGCAUCCAUAUUCUGUUCCUUUGCUACGAACACAUGAUGCCCUUUUAAAGAUAUGCAUGGAUAUGGAAGACUGGGCAUCAGCGUUGGAAUUUUGCCAGAGUACCAUUCCAGCUUAUGAACGAGCGUAUCCUCCAUUCUCUCCACUUCUAGGACUUCAGUAUUUCACUCUUGGAAAGCUCCAAUGGCUUCUAGGCGACUCAGCUAAGGCAGUUAAUACGUUAAGGAAGGCAUAUACUGUCAUUCAAGUAACUCAUGGGUCAAAAUCUGAGCUUCUUCACGGCCUCACUUCUACCCUGCAAGAGGCUCAAGCAGAAGUUGCAUACAAACGCUCUCUGAUUAACCAGACACAUUGAGCAUAGAGUUGAAACAUUCCUUGUGGAGUUUGCACAUGUUUCUCGGGAACGUUUGUGGAACGUUUGCGAACAUUCGAAGUUGCAACUUAGAAGCUUAUUGAUCAGAACAUUCCGCACUGUUCGAGUUUUGACAAAGAGUACAGCCUUUUGGCUAAGUGGCUUUUGCCAACUCAAUGGCAACGGUAGCUUUUCCAUGCA